ACAAGGGACAACAAAACCACUUCCCUUUCUCACUGUCGUCUCUCCGUCAAUCUCUAUCUUUCGCCUCUAGCCUACCCGCCGAUCGUUACCCGUCUCCGUCGAUAACACCAUGGCGCCGAAGAAGGAUAAGGUUCCACCGCCGUCGUCAAAGCCGGCUAAAUCCGGAGGUGGAAAACAGAAGAAGAAGAAGUGGAGCAAGGGAAAGCAAAAGGAGAAGGUGAACAACAUGGUGUUGUUUGAUCAGGCUACUUACGACAAGCUUCUCACUGAAGCUCCCAAGUUCAAGCUCAUCACUCCUUCCAUUCUCUCCGACCGUAUGAGGAUUAACGGAUCUCUAGCAAGGAGGGCGAUUAGGGAGCUGAUGGCGAAAGGUGUGAUCAGAAUGGUUGCUGCUCACUCUAGCCAGCAGAUCUACACUCGUGCCACCAACACCUAAACAGAUUUACUUUUGUUAAUGGUUUGGUUCUCGAACCUCAACUCUUUUGAUGUAGACAUUAAUCAUCAGAGCUCUUAUAGUUCCUUUAUGUUUCUUUUCGUUAACUCCUUUGUAUCUCAAGAAACUCUUUAGUAAGCUGUUUUGAGAUAUUUUGUCUACUUAAUUCGGAAUUGGUUUUUAUAUUUGCUUCCUAAA